AUGAGAAACUACACAGAAAUAACUGAGUUUAUCCUCUUGGGAUUGUCAGAUGACCCAAAGCUUCAGGUCAUGAUUUUUGUCUUUCUGUUCAUCACCUACAUGCUCAGCAUCACUGGGAACCUGACCAUUAUCACCCUCACCCUGGUGGACUCCCAGCUCCAGACACCCAUGUAUUUCUUUCUCAGGAAUUUCUCCUUAUUAGAAGUUUCAUUCACAACUGUCAGCAUACCCAAGUUCCUGGGCACCAUUGUAACAGGAAAUAAAACUAUUUCCUUUAAUGAUUGCAUUGCACAAUUAUUUUUUUUCAUUCUCUUGGGGGUUACUGAAUUUUACCUUCUGGCUGCCAUGUCUUAUGACCGUUAUAUUGCCAUCUGCAAACCCCUGCAUUACGUGUCCAUCAUGAAUCGCCAAGUAUGCACAUUGCUUGUCUUCUCUUCAUGGCUGACUUCAUUCUUAAUCAUAUUCCCAGCACUCCUAUUGGUCUUAAAGCUCGAUUACUGCAGUUCCAAUGUUAUUGACCAUUUUACCUGUGAUUAUUUUCCCCUGCUGCAACUUUCUUGUUCAGACACGCAAUUCCUAGAGAUAAUGGGUUUUUCCUGUGCUGUGUUCACUCUAAUGUUCACUUUGGCAUUAAUAAUUUUGUCCUACAUAUACAUCAUCAGGACAAUUUUGAAGAUUCCUUCUACCAGUCAGAGGACAAAGGCUUUUUCCACAUGUUCUUCCCACAUGAUUGUCAUUUCCAUCUCUUAUGGCAGCUGCAUUUUCAUGUACAUUAAACCCUCUGCAAAAGACAGGGUGUCUCUAAGCAAGGGAGUAGCUGUGCUAAACACCUCAGUAGCCCCCAUGCUGAACCCCUUCAUCUACAGCCUACGCAAUGAACAGGUGAAGCGAGCCUUCAUGGACAUGGCGAGGAAGACUGUAUUUUUCACAAGCAAGUGA